CUCCGUCGACCCUUCUCCCUUCUCCUGUCCGGCCCCUCUAGGGUUCCACCACCGGACGGGGGAGGGGGCAUUACCUGCCACCCCACCCCCCAUUCCGGCCAGGGGCUCAGGUCUCCAACAACAGAACCAGAGCCACUCAGCAACGCUGGAACCCAUUCAGGGAGGCUUGGGGGCCCCUCAUCCCAAGCCAGGAGGGCUUCGGGGGAGGGGUACACCCCUUGGCUGACUUGCCCUGCGGCCCAGGGGUCUGAGGGUUGUCAGGGAAGUGGGGGUGAACCUCGCAGGGCGAGGCACGAGUGCGGUUCUCUUUCCCCUACUGGGGGGGCCUCGGGGCCAGCGUCGGGGCGGGAGGCCUCGGAAGCAGAGCCCGUGGGGCGGAGGUGGCGGCAGGGCAGUGUCUGGUGGCAGAGACACCAUGGCCACCAUCCAGUCGGAGACUGACUGCUAUGACAUCAUCGAGGUGCUGGGCAAGGGCACCUUCGGGGAGGUGGCCAAGGGCUGGCGGCGAAGCACGGGCGAGAUGGUGGCCAUCAAGAUCCUGAAGAACGAUGCUUACCGCUACCGGAUCAUCAAGAACGAGCUGAAGCUGCUGCGUUGCAUGAGGGGCCUGGACCCGGAGGAGGCCCACGUCAUCCGCUUCCUCGAGUUCUUCCACGACGCCCUCAAGUUCUACCUGGUCUUUGAACUGCUGGAGCAGAACCUUUUCGAAUUCCAGAAGGAGAACAAUUUUGCGCCCCUCGCCGCCCGCCACAUCCGCACGGUCACCCUGCAGGUGCUCAGAGCCCUGUCCCGCCUCAAGGAGCUAGCCAUCAUCCACGCCGACCUCAAGCCUGAGAACAUCAUGCUGGUGGACCAGACUCGCUGCCCCUUCAGGGUCAAGGUGAUCGACUUCGGCUCGGCCAGCAUAUUCAGCGAGGUGCGCUACGUCAAGGAGCCGUAUAUCCAGUCUCGCUUCUACCGGGCCCCCGAGAUUCUGCUGGGGCUGCCCUUCUGUGAGAAGGUGGACGUGUGGUCCCUGGGCUGCGUCAUGGCUGAGCUGCACCUGGGCUGGCCCCUCUACCCGGGCAACAACGAGUACGACCAGGUGCGCUACAUCUGUGAGACCCAGGGCCUGCCCAAGCCCCACGUGCUGCACGCCGCCUGUAAGGCCCACCACUUCUUCAAGCGCAACCCUCACCCCAACGCCACCAACCCCUGGCAGCUGAAGUCCUCGGCCGACUACCUGGCUGAGACCAAGGUGCGCCCACUGGAGCGCCGCAAGUACAUGCUCAAGUCACUGGACCAGAUAGAGACGGUGAACGGCGGCGGGGCAGCCCAUCGGCUGACCUUCCCCGACUGCGAGGCGCUGGCGGAGCACGCCGACCUCAAGAGCAUGGUGGAGUUGAUCAAGCGCAUGCUGACGUGGGAGUCGCACGAACGCAUCAGCCCCAGCGCCGCCCUGCGCCACCCCUUCGUGUCCAUGCAGCAGCUGCGCAGCGCCCAUGAGGCCACCCGCUACUACCAGCUCUCGCUGCACGGCUGCCGCCUCUCCCUGCAGGUGGAGGGCAAGACACCUAUGUCUGUUGUGGCUGCCGCGGAAGACGGGCCCCCCCACUACGGUCUGGCCAAUGAGGAGGAGACCGUGAUUCUGGGCAGCAGGCCUUUAUUCCGGGAGGAGAAGGCACCCGGCAUGCAAAAGGCCAUCGAUCAGCUGGACGGCUUGAGUCUGCAGGAGGCGGGGCGUGGGCUGUGGGGCGGGACCCACACCGACGUCGUCCCCGACAUACUGGCCCCGCUCGAGGCCGCUGCUGCUGGCCGCCGGGUGCCCGACUCCAGCCCCGAGCCCAUCCUGGCCUUCUACGGCAGCCGCCUGGCAGGCAGCCACAAGGCCCGCAAGCCACCCGCAGGCUCCAAGUCGAGCUCCAACUUCAACAACCUCAUCCAGCUGAGCCAGGCCUCGCCCGAGGAAGACGCCCCGUGCAGGGGCGGCGGCGGCCGGGCGGAAGGAGAGCGGCGAGGGGCCUCUGCGGAGCCGCCUGCCGCCCCGCAGCCGGACGGGGAUGGGCCGGACAUCAAGGACAAGACCGUCGUUGCUGAGAGGCCAGGCCCUGAGUUCUUCGACCUCAGCAGCUGUCCUGGGGAACGGCCGGGUCAGCCAGACUGGACCCCGGAGGGCGUCAGGGGGCCACGGGCUCAGGGGCUCCCACCACGCCACCCCCAGCCGCGUGGUCCACCCCGGGCCGCCAGCUUUCUGCAGCACGUCGGCGGGCGCCACUGAUGGUGACCUCACCCCUGCCCAUCACUGGGUGAUGCACUAGCGGGGCUGCCAUCCCCUCCUCAGAGCUAUCCCCUGAACCGACAAAUUAUUCUUACAGAAAGGUAAUUAUCCAGAACUUCCCCAUUCCCCCCGCCCCGCUCACGGCGCAUGCCUGCACACACAUCCCGAAACACAGGAGGGUUUUGGGGUCUGGCCCGUGGCCCCCUCGGCCAGAGGGACGUAAGAAGGGGGCUGCACCCCACGGGCUCCGCUGCCUCUGUUUCUUUCAAUAAAGCACUGUUCAGCAGUAUUGCCUCACGUCUGUCCUCCCUGCCUGAGGCCUGAACUGGCACUGGGGUGGGGUUCAGGGGGGCACCCAGGCCCUGCUCUCUAGUGCUGCACCCAGUCGGCCAUUGGCUCAGGCUGGAGGCUGUGCUUGGCACACUGACCCAUCCCUUAAAUAUGCUCAGUGCCCGGCACGUAAGAAUCCACCCUCGGAACAUUCUCAGUGCUCAGCAGAUGCCAAUCUGAACUUUCCAGACGCCAGGUUCUCAGCGUCUGUUGACCUGUCUUUGGCACACGUGACAGGCUUGGCAUGCACUCAUCCAUGCUUGGGACAUGCGAAGUGUAAGUUCACUCAGCAGGUGUAUGUACAUUCACGCUUGGUACAUGCUCUCGUGUCCAGAUGUGCGAGUCCACCCUCGGGCUACGGCAGUGGCUCAGCGUGCGCGCAUCUGGCUGGGGACAUGCCGAGUGUGCAGCACACGCUGCGCCAUGCUGGCUACAUAAGGCUCGGUUCAUGCCAGCCCACAAGGUCACACACGCAUGCUCAGCACACACUAGCCCACGUGCAUCGUGUGCCGAGGGCUCAGAGCACGCCAGCCCACGCUGGUCACCCCCUGAAGGCUCAGCACACACCAGCCACGCGCUGAGCGUCCAGUACACGCCAAACCACACUGGUCGCAUGCUG